CGUCAACAUCGGUGUUAAGAACCCGGAUAUUGUUCACUACCAGCGGAGUUGUUCAACCAGCGGAGAGGCAGAGUGGUGAUGUUGGUGCAUCGGCGUCACGGUCCUAGAAGCAGCCAGGACGGGGUGUACACUGGGCCACCUCAGACCCAGACCCAGCUGGAAACCCCCCUGGCUGUCCCAGCACCCAUCACCCCUGUCAUAGACACAUUCAGCAUGUCCUGCCGAGACCGUACCAGUGAGUUUCAGUCUGUGUGCAAGUCCCUGCAGGGGAGACAGAAUGGAGCACAACCUGUCAGAGCUGUCCAGAGUGCAGUCAGACAGCGGAGUGAAUUCACACUCCUGGCUAAGCGAAUUGGAAGAGACCUCAGCAACACUUUUGCCAAGUUAGAGAAGCUCACAAUCCUGGCCAAACGAAAGUCCCUUUUUGAUGACAAAGCAACUGAAAUUGACGAACUCACUUACAUUGUGAAACAGGACAUCAACAGUCUUAAUAAGCAGAUAGCUGGCCUGCAGGAAGUCGUUCGAUCACGGAGUGGACAGAAUGGCAGACAUCUCCAGACACAUUCCAACACUAUCGUAGUCUCCUUACAGUCCAAACUGGCAUCGAUGUCAAGUGACUUCAAGUCAGUCCUGGAAGUCAGAACAGAGAACUUAAAGCAGCAGAGAAGCAGACAAGAGCAGUUUUCUCAGACUCCUGCCUCAUCCUCUUCUUACCACACCAACAGCUUCAACAAUUCAGUGCUUAUGCAGGACGACUCCAAGAAGACUGAUAUCUCUAUAGAUAUGGACCUCGGCUCCAGUCAGCAGAUGCAGUUAAUCGAUGAACGGGAUUCGUACAUUCAGAGCCGUGCAGACACUAUGCAGAAUAUAGAGUCCACUAUUGUGGAGCUCGGGUCUAUAUUUCAGCAGCUGGCUCACAUGGUGAAAGAACAGGAAGAGACUGUACAGAGAAUUGAUGCCAAUGUCGAGGACACUCAGCUGAACGUGGAGCUAGCGCACUCAGAGAUACUCAAAUAUUUCCAGUCUGUGUCUAACAACCGCUGGCUGCUCAUCAAGAUGUUCCUGAUCCUCAUCAUUUUUUUCAUCGUCUUUGUGGUUUUCAUGACCUGAUGUCCACUCUUAAGAGAUGCAGGUUUCAGUAUUUGAGGAAUGAAAGUGGCUGUUCUCUCAGACUUCUUUCAUCUUUUCUCUGCUCACUGGCCGCCGAGCUCUGUUUUAGUGAUCUUUUUCCUCAAAAUGGAUGGAGUUUAAUAUUCAUAAGCCUCAAUUCUAUAUAGGCAGGGCAUUUGUCAGUUUGUAACAGUUUGUCCAUUUAAAUUUCAAUCUGAUAUGUUUUUGUAUCUGUAGAGCAAGCUCUUGGAAAUGAUUGUCUAUAAUUUGGUUUUCUAAAUCACACAGAUUGCGGAGAUAUCCUUGAGGAAAGCCAGCAGUUGUCUCAUGCAUACAAAAAAAACACCCACCAUUUUAACAGAUUCUUUGUGACUUAUGAUUGUAUUAAUCAUGAUAUACAACUUUAGACAUCAUGUGUUCUGAGACCUUUUUAUACAUUUGCAGUUUCUCUCUCUGUUGUCUAAAUAUUAUAGGGAAGUCUUUAUUUAGGGGUUAGUUACAGAAUCCCUCUUAUAGUAGACCACCAAGACACGUCAAGAGACAGUGAUGCUUCUAUACUUUUAUGGGGACUGACUAGAGGCUUAAUUCUUUCUAGUUCGGAUUUUGGGAUCCAUUACCACUUUGGCACAACAUGUUAAUACAUCUAGUUCAGCAGGUGAGAAAUCAGUAUUUGAAGCUAGUGACAUUUUCCAAAUUCCAUUUCAUUGGUUGUUUUUAUCAUCCUUCACAAGCUUGUUUGUACACUGCCAUUUGUAUCUCUUUGUACAGUCUCAGGGGGGUCCAUGAGAAUACCGCUUUCCAGUUCUCAACAUAAAUGAUGUUUUUUAGAGAAUACAUGCAUUUGUGUUUAACUGGACUUCGAGAUUUGGGGAAAAUCCCACCCCACCAUUUGUGAAAUGCAUACUGUAAAAUGAAAGAAGUGAAGAAAAACUAAUGGAAAUAGAAACUCUAUGCUUGGUUG